AUGUUUAGCGGUAGGUGCUUCAAAGAUGGUUGCACAAGCAAGCUGCAUGGAAUAUGCAAAUGUGAGGGACUCAUCCUAUUUUGCAAAGAGCAUGGACUUGAGCAUGUAGAAAGUCCAACUCCUAAAGGACAUCAAAUCGUAAGAUGCUAUUUUAAGCCAGCAGAAGAAAUCAAGAAGCCGAUUAUCGAUAAGCUUAUAGAAUUCAAAAGAGAUAUAAAAAAUUUAGGAUUGAAGCGAUUGCUAAGGCCAAUGAAAUUAUAA